AUGCAAGGUAAUGCUCCAAAAACAACUAACCAGCAUGACCAUGACCAUAAUGACGGUUUCUUGUAUCGCAGUGAUUAUACCGAACCAGCCUAUUGGGUCACCCAUGUCAACUUGGACUUUCAAUUUUAUUCCGAGAAUUCUGUUCAAGUCACGUCGGAACUGACCGUGGUGCCCAAUACUGCUCCUGCUGCUGCUGCUGCUGCUGCUGACACCACCACCAAUCAUAAGAAGAAGAAGAAUCAUAAUCACAAUGAUAAUGAUGAUGAAGCAAAGAACUUGAUAUUGAAUGGAGAUUCCAAACGACUCCAACUGAUAUCCAUUGCCCUUAUUCAUAUGUCGAUGGACGAAGAAGACAAGAAUCACAAUGAUAAUGGUGAUGAUCCAUCAUCAUCACCAAUACGAUUGCUCACAGAGGGCGUCGAUUACGAAUACGACAAGGAUUCGCCUUCUGAUUUGAUUAUAUUUUCUUCCACUCUGCUUGGAGCAGGCGGAUCCAAAGGGUCCAUAAGGUUGCAACUAGUGGUCGAGCUCGAUCCUACUGAUUCCUCAAUCAAUGAAAAUAAUAAGGGUGAACUUUCUGGUUUGUAUUUCCGGGACCACAUGUUUUGCACCCAUUGCGAACCAUCGGGGUUUCGACAAAUUACCUACUUUCCAGAUCGGCCCGACAAUUGUGCUACCUAUAGCAGGGUUCGACUCGAGGCCAAUCAAGAACAGUAUCCGAUUCUACUGUCCAAUGGAAAUUUGAUCGAAUCUGGAAUUGUUGCUACUGCUGCUGCUGCUGACGGUGGCAACCAUGAUGAUGAUUCUUCUUCUGUGUCACCACCAAUUCGACAUUAUGCCAUUUUUCAAGAUCCUCAUCCCAAGCCCUCCUAUAUUUUUGGCUUGGUGGUUGCCAACAAUCACCAUCUAGAUUGCAUCCGAGAUUCCCAUGUCACGUCACCGAGUGGCAAACAAGUUCAAUUGGUACUCUAUGGGGAGCCCGAUCAAAUUCCAAAACUUACCUUUGCCAUGGAGACACUGAAAAAGGCCAUGAAAUGGGACGAAGACACCUACGGGCUAGAGUAUGAUUUGGAUACCUAUACCAUUGUGGCGGCCAAACAUUUUAAUAUCGGCGCCAUGGAAAACAAGGGCCUCAAUCUAUUCAUGACCUCCUUGAUAGCGACAGAUCCUUCCUGUACCACCGAUGUCACGUAUGAUUUGGUCGAAAAGACCAUUGCCCAUGAGUACUUUCACAAUUGGUCGGGCAAUCGGGUCACGGUCCGCGAUUGGUUCGAAUUCACCUUGAAGGAAGGCUUGACGGUCUAUCGGGAUCAAGAGUUUACCAGCAGCCACAAUACUAAUGUCGGGUCAUUCUCCUUGGCCACGCGGAUCGAGGCGGUCAAACUAUUGCGGGAGAAACAAUUUGUGGAAGAUGCCUCGGAAAAGCUCCGGCAGCCCAUUCGACCCGAGCGUUACUUAUUGUCGUCGUCGUCGUCGUCGUCGUCCCAACAACACAGUCUCGAUAGCCUGGCUACCUCCACGACCUAUCACAAGGGUGCCGAAGUGUGUCGCAUGUACAAGACUCUUGUUGGAAAGGAAGGAUUUCGGAACGGUCUGAAUUUGUACAUGAGCCGGCACGAUGGAACGGGGGCUACUUGUGACGACUUUUGGAGGGCCAUGGCGGAUGCCAAUAACGAAUUGGUCGACUUGGAGCAAUUUCCGCGUUGGUACAGCACUGCCGGAACCCCAACCGUGUCGUACGAAUAUCACUAUUGUAAUGAAAAUGGAACACUGGAAUUGACACUGUCGCAACGAUUGACGCAUUUGACCAACGAAAAGGAUGGGGGUCCGCUGCUGCAAAUUCCAGUCGCGGUUGGAUUGCUGGACAAGGCAACAGGAAAAGAAGUAGUCCCGACAAUUAUAUUCGACUUGAAAGAUCGUACGGAAACGAUGGUGUUCGAUGGGCUCGAGGGGGAAGUUGUUCCAUCACUGCUACGAGGGUUUUCUGCACCAGUGUACUUGGUACCUGCAAAGGAGCAGAGCAAAACAGAUGAAGAAGCGUACCUCUCGCUACUGGCCGCCUAUGACACCGAUGACUUCAAUCGAUGGGAGGCAAUGCAAGAACUAUUGACUCGAUUUGUAUUGGAUCUGUUGGACGCUGAGGAUGAACUAUCCAAAUCGUCGUUGGAGCCAGUCAUUCUCAACUCAUUCGGUAACAUUCUGACUGAUCCAAAGGUCGAUGCAUCGUCAAAGUCGUACUUGCUGAACCUUCCAACCGAAGCAAUUCUUCUAAGAAGCGUACCAAAGCCGUGUGAUCCCGUGGCCUUGUUGGACGCCCGCAAGCGUGUCAUGGGAAUCAUUGGCCAAUUCCAUCAGAGUGCACUCCAAGAAGUGUAUGACGAUAUGACUUCCAAAGUCCUUUCCAUUCCGAUAGAGGAUAUUACCGAUGCAAACUCCCGUGCUAUCCGCUCUUUGCGGAAUCGUUGUCUGGAAUAUCUUGUCGCUGGUCAUGUUUUCGGUAAACAACCGGAGCAAGCAGCCUUCCUGGCUAAGAAGCAUUUUGAGCAGGCCAAUUGCUUUACCGACCAUUUGACUGCUUUCCGCCAAAUUGCUUCCCUUUCAGGCAACACGGAAGCGGUGCAACUGAGGGACAAAGUCACGCUAGAGUUCUUUCAACUCGCCUUUACGGAAUCUGCAUCCGAGUCUCCGUCAACGAGCAACACUAUCCUGAAUAAAUGGUUUCAGAUUCAGGCCUUGGCAGAUUUGGAGGACGCUUUGCCACGAAUCCAAUCACUGAUGCAAGAAAAUCCUCAUUUCCAAGCCAACAAUGCAGGUCGGUUCCGUUCUUUGAUUACCAGCUUUACCAAGAACACGAGAUCCUUUCACACACAAGCUGGAUAUCAAUUUGUCGGCCAUAUUAUACGACAAAUGGAUCGUCGAUCGCCCAUAUUGGCAACCGAAAUGGCCCGCGAACUGGCGAAAUGGCCACAGAUCAAGGGCGAACAAGCCGAUUGGAUGGUGACUGAGCUACGACAAAUCGUAGCCAUGGAGCCCAUCAGUAAACCGCUGUUGACGACGGUUUCAAGAGCACUACGCGAAAUGACGAGGACUUCGGAGACUGUGAAGGCCGGUGGCAAUGCGACGCCCCCACGAUCCUUUGGGAAAGUUGCAGCUAAGCCUGGGACGAAGAGCAAGAAGAAGAACAAAAAGAAGACAAGCAAGGCAAAGAAAGGAUUCGCUUAA